AUGGUCGACUUCAAUGAGAGCGAGGGCGAGUCGGCUUUCUUGGUUGUGAGAUCAACAAAGGGCGUCUGGUUCGACAACCCCCACGUGUUUCAUCGGAGCCUCGCAAAGGUGCCAAUCAGCUUUUGUUUCGCGGAGGGGGCCCAGGUUCAGACCGAGCUCGGGCCAACGGCUUCCGUCAAGGUCGGUGGCUACUUCGCUUCCAGUGCGGAGUAUGAGGAGUGGUAUCAGCGCCGCCGCGCGAGCCUGACGCUGCCGCCUUUGCUCGGAGCUGAGGCGUGCGGCGUCAAGAACGACGUCGUCGUGAAGGAGGAGGCCGCCGCCGAGGAGGCCGCCUCCGAGGAGCCCGUCGUCGCCGAGGAGUCCGCCACCGAGGAGGCGACCAUCAAGCCCGCCGCCGCCGAGGUGUCCGCCGUCGCCAAGGAGGCCGCCUCCCAGGAGGCGCCCGUCGCCAAGGAGUCCGCCACCGAGGAGGCCGUCGCCGAGGAGGCUGCCAAGGAGGACACCACCUGCUACCCGGGCCUGCCCACGCCGAUGGCGGCGGGGAAGAGCGGGCCCGCGUCGGCCCGCAGCGGCUCCGGACCGGGCUACGUGGACGGCGUCGAGGCUGCAGUCCGCCGGCUGGGCGAGAGCGUCAGCUACCAGGCUACGCCCGCCGACGGCAAGAAGUCGCCGUCGCCGGGAGUCCCCACCUCCGGCGGCAUUGCGCCCGCGCCAUUCGCCGCUGGCACGUGCGGCGCCGGCGCUGGCACGUGCGGCGCCGGCGGUCGCGCCGCCCUCAAGGCGGCGGCCAACUGCGUGCAGGGCGGCUACACGAAGGCCGAGGGCGCCUUCCGGUGGCUGCUCCUCGUCUGCAUGCCCGCCUUCGGCCACUGCGCGCCCGCCGUGCCUAGACCGACGGCGGUGGCCUCGGCCUUCUCGUCUACCGUCGCCUCGGCGUCCUCGGCCUUCUCAUCCGGCGUCGCCUCGGCGGCGUCCUCGGCCUUCUCGCCCGCCGUCGCCUCGAAUCCGUCCUCGCUCGUGAGCUGCUCGCCGCUUCUCAUGCCCGCAAUCGUGCUCAUCCUCCUCGCCAUCGCUUGCGGCGCCUCCUGGCCGACCGCGGCGAGCGGAAAGGGGGCUCGCGGCGCGGCGUGGGCCACCUGCCUCGCCGCCGCCACGGCGCGCCUCACCGGCACGGCGGCGCUUGCCGGCUUCUUCGCGAGCGCCUUCUCGUGGCUCGCGGCGGGUCCGCCGCAGGUCGCCGCCGCGGCCGCUGCCCUGGCCGUCGUCGGCACGGUGAUGUGGCGCCGCAACUCAAAGGCCCGCCGCCUCGGCUGGUCCAGCCUGCUCGGCAUUCUUCUCUGCUUGGCCACCGUCUCUGGCGGCUUGGUCACCGCCGCUGGCGGCGCCGCGCUUGCUGCAUCCUCAACUGCGCUGCCAGACGUCACUGCGCUUCCGGACUCAGAUUUCGCUGAAGGGUUAGGAGGCCUCUCGGGUGCGCUGCCCAUAGCCAUGGCAACAGUUGCUGAAGCGCAAGCGGAAACGCUCCAAAGUACUGCUGAUGGCGGUAAGGAGCACCGAGGCUAUUUGUGCAUUUCUCCACGCUGGAGUCACCAGCACACCCCGCGCAAUGUGCAGGAACAGGGGGAUGGGUGGCCGCCGCGCACCGUGGCCGCGUGUUCGGCACGCAAAGUUAACGCUGCUGCCGCGGCAUCAGCCUGCGAGCAGCGAAUUGUGACGCUCGGCGUGUUGUACUACAACAGCCCGGCCUUACUCCACAAUAUCAUGCGCGGUUGGGCCACAUGGCCUGAGAGCCUGGCGCAGCAGUUUCACUUCACCGUGGUGGACGACUGCUCGACGUCGGAGCACUCAGCGCUAUCCGUGGUGCGUGCGAACAAGCCGAUGUAUCCGAUCCGUGUGCUGACAAUUCAGCCUCCUAAGAUCGCCUGGAAUGACGUCGGAGCCCUCAACCUGCUGAUGCACACUGCGACAACGUGCUGGGCGAUGAGACUAGAUGCCGACGUGGUGGUGACUCCGCAAGCGGCGCGUGGGCUACUUGGGCUUGCAGAGAGGUCAGACAUCGACAGCGUGCACAUGUUCAACCGCGAGAAUAUAGGCAGCGUACACCCGGCCAAUUGGCUCUUUCAUCGGCAGGCAUACUGGCGUGCGGGGGGCAGUGAUGAGGAUUUUGCUGGAAGUUAUGGCUACGUUGACGCUCAAUUGGGAUGGAUGCUGUCACAGAGUGGCGCAAAAUUCCGUCGGCACCGCGACGUGAAUCUCACACAAGUACCCGCCCAACUUCAGCGACGCCUUCAGCAUUACCCGGCCAACUUCUCGAAGGACAGCACGCACAACUUAGAGCUUCACCUACGGAAGCAGAAAGGGUUGGCUCCCCUGCCGACAUUGUACCUGCGAUUUCGUUGGCACGCCAAUACCGUCACGAAAAGAGUCCAAUACCGUCACGGAACCAGACGCAGCUUGUGA